CGCUCCUCCGCUCCGUAGUCCGCGGCCCGGCGGCGGCGCGGCGGGGACGGCGGGCGACUCCGGUGGCAGCGGUCGCCGCGCUAAGGGAGGCUAUGGGGACGCGCGCUUUCUCGGGGUGCCCCUCCAGUGGCGGCUCGGAGCGCCCUGCCCCGCUGCUGUAGGCAGCGGCCGUGGAGCAGAGUCACUCGCUGAAGACCCCCGGGACCCACUUGCCGCGGGCCCUGCGUCGCCGUGCCUCUCCCGGAUCCGGCAGCGUGGACGAGGAGCCGUGCCCCAGCGCGGGGCGAGGAGCAUGGGGACGGCGGCGGCCGCAGGAGGCGGCGGCGGAGGGACGCGCCGGUGGCUGCGGUGGCUGGGGCUGUGCCUCUGGGCGGCGGGGGCUGCGGCUGCCCGAGGAACUGACAAUGGUGAGGCCCUUCCUGAAUCCAUCCCAUCAGCUCCUGGGACACUGCCUCAUUUCAUAGAGGAGCCGGAUGAUGCUUAUAUUAUCAAGAGCAACCCUAUUGCACUCAGGUGCAAAGCAAGGCCUGCCAUGCAGAUUUUCUUCAAGUGCAAUGGCGAGUGGGUCCAUCAGAAUGAGCACGUCUCUGAGGAGAGUCUGGACGAGAGCUCAGGCCUGAAGGUCCGUGAGGUGUUCAUUAACGUCACCAGGCAGCAGGUGGAGGACUUCCACGGGCCAGAGGACUACUGGUGCCAGUGUGUGGCAUGGAGCCACCUGGGGACCUCCAAGAGCAGGAAGGCCUCUGUGCGCAUAGCCUAUUUACGGAAAAACUUUGAACAGGACCCACAAGGACGAGAGGUCCCCAUUGAAGGCAUGAUCGUGUUGCAUUGCCGCCCUCCGGAGGGAGUCCCUGCGGCAGAGGUGGAAUGGCUGAAAAAUGAGGAGCCCAUUGACUCCGAACAAGACGAGAACAUUGACACCAGGGCUGACCACAACCUGAUUAUCAGGCAGGCGCGGCUGUCAGACUCGGGGAAUUAUACCUGCAUGGCGGCCAACAUAGUGGCUAAGAGGAGAAGCCUGUCCGCCACCGUGGUGGUCUAUGUGAAUGGAGGCUGGUCUUCCUGGACAGAGUGGUCAGCCUGCAAUGUUCGCUGUGGUAGAGGAUGGCAGAAACGUUCCCGGACCUGCACCAACCCAGCUCCUCUCAAUGGUGGGGCGUUUUGUGAGGGGAUGUCAGUGCAGAAAAUAACCUGCACUUCUCUCUGUCCUGUGGACGGGAGCUGGGAAGUGUGGAGUGAAUGGUCAGUCUGCAGCCCGGAGUGUGAGCAUCUGCGGAUCCGCGAGUGCACGGCGCCGCCCCCCAGAAACGGGGGCAAAUUCUGCGAAGGUCUCAGCCAGGAAUCUGAAAAUUGCACAGAUGGUCUCUGCAUCCUAGAUAAAAAACCUCUUCAUGAAAUAAAACCCCAAAGCAUUGAAAAUGCCAGCGACAUUGCUUUGUACUCGGGCUUGGGCGCUGCAGUCGUGGCCGUUGCAGUCCUGGUCAUUGGCGUCACCCUUUAUAGACGGAGCCAGAGUGACUAUGGCGUGGACGUCAUUGACUCCUCCGCAUUGACAGGUGGCUUCCAGACCUUCAACUUCAAAACAGUCCGUCAAGGUAACUCCCUGCUCCUGAAUUCCGCCAUGCAACCAGACCUGACGGUGAGCCGAACAUACAGUGGACCCAUCUGCCUGCAGGACCCUCUGGACAAGGAACUCAUGACCGAGUCCUCACUCUUUAACCCUUUGUCGGACAUCAAAGUCAAAGUACAGAGCUCAUUCAUGGUUUCCCUGGGAGUGUCCGAGAGAGCAGAGUACCACGGCAAGAGCCAUUCCGGGACCUUUCCUCAUGGCAACAACCGAAGCUUUAGUACGAUGCAUCCCAGAAACAAAACGCCCUACAUCCAAAAUCUGUCAUCACUCCCCACCAGGACAGAACUCAGGACAACUGGUGUCUUUGGCCAUUUAGGGGGGCGCUUAGUGAUGCCCAAUACAGGGGUGAGUUUACUCAUACCGCAUGGUGCCAUUCCAGAGGAGAAUUCCUGGGAGAUUUACAUGUCCAUCAACCAAGGUGAACCCAGCCUCCAGUCUGAUGGGUCCGAGGUGCUCCUGAGUCCUGAAGUCACCUGUGGUCCUCCAGACAUGAUCGUCACCACUCCCUUUGCGCUGACCAUCCCACACUGUGCAGACGUCAGCUCCGAGCACUGGAACAUCCACUUAAAGAAGAGGACACAGCAGGGCAAAUGGGAGGAAGUGAUGUCAGUGGAGGAUGAAUCCACAUCCUGUUACUGCCUUUUGGACCCCUUUGCAUGUCACGUGCUCCUAGACAGCUUUGGGACCUAUGCCCUCACUGGAGAGCCAAUCACAGACUGUGCCGUGAAGCAACUCAAGGUGGCAGUUUUUGGUUGCAUGUCCUGUAACUCCCUGGAUUACAACUUGAGAGUUUACUGUGUGGACAAUACCCCCUGUGCAUUUCAGGAAGUGGUUUCAGAUGAAAGACAUCAAGGUGGACAGCUACUGGAAGAACCAAAGUUGCUGCAUUUCAAAGGGAAUACCUUUAGUCUCCAGAUCUCUGUUCUCGAUAUUCCCCCAUUUCUCUGGAGAAUUAAACCGUUCACUGCCUGCCAGGAAGUCCCGUUCUCCCGCGUGUGGAGCAGUAACCGGCAGCCCUUGCACUGUGCCUUCUCCCUGGAGCGCUACACGCCCACCACCACCCAGCUGUCCUGCAAAAUCUGCAUCCGGCAGCUCAAAGGCCAUGAACAGAUCCUCCAAGUGCAGACAUCAAUCCUGGAGAGUGAAAGAGAAACCAUCACUUUCAUCGCACAAGAGGACAGCACUUUCCCUGCACAGACUGGCCCCAAAGCCUUCAAAAUUCCCUACUCCAUCAGACAGCGGAUUUGUGCUACGUUUGAUACCCCCAAUGCCAAAGGCAAGGACUGGCAGAUGUUAGCACAGAAAAACAGCAUCAACAGGAAUUUAUCUUACUUUGCUACACAAAGCAGCCCGUCUGCUGUCAUUUUGAACCUGUGGGAAGCUCGUCAUCAGCAUGAUGGUGACCUUGACUCCCUGGCCUGUGCCCUUGAAGAGAUUGGGAGGACACACACGAAACUCUCAAACAUUACGGAAUCCCAGCUCGAUGAAGCCGACUUCAACUACAGCAGGCAAAACGGACUCUAGUCCACCUCCUCCCAGGAGACAGAGUGAUGGUCAGCUUUGGGACAUUUCUUUAAAUGGCAAAGAAAGAGGCAGUUUUGUGCCCAGUGGCAUUUGGGGAAUUCAGCCUUCAUUUACGAUCAGUGAGAUUCCCUGGUGGAAGAAACUGAAUUUUGUAUAAGUAAAACGUGUCAAUAGGGAAGAGUAUAAGCUCUCUUAGAUAUAAGAGGGCUCUGCUGUCUCCUUGAACCCACACUCGGGUUAACACUGGUUGCACUCCUCAGAUCUGGAGUGGCGAGAAUGAUAGUGAGGGCAUAUAUCUAAAAGUAGCUGUGGGAGAAAAUGAGCUACAAUAAAGCUGGGAAGGCAGAUGACUGAUCGAGUGCAUGUUUUAAAACAGGUUUUUAAUGAUGUGCCCCACAAAAGCCAGCUGAUUCUGGUACCAAAUUAUCAGAGUUUGCUACCAACUGGCAUCUGGGAUAUCAGGAAUCAUGUUAGAAGUGAAAUGGGGUUGCUAACCCAUUUGUAUAAUUUCAGCAACGUCAAGGAGGGCAUUUAGAAUGUAGGAUCUGAGUACCAAUUCACACCAGCACCAAUUCCCUGUCUCUCCUAGCCACUUACUGGAGACAAGAUGAAGAGGUAAGAUAGACCACAAACUAGUUCUUGUAGAGCACCCCACCUUCAUUUUCUUCCCCAGAGACAAUUCUACCCAUAUUCUUUCUUCCUCUUCCUUAUCCAUUACAGUAGAGAGGUUUCAAGGAACUAGACCUGUCAAUAUGGAAACGUAUUUCUUCUAACUCAACAAAGUUGGACCACCUCUGUUCUCACAUAAGCCACUCAAAUGGAAGAAUGUUAUUAGAACACAGCUUGUUGCAUGGAUUUGGAGACAGGAGAGGUCAGAUCAGGUCUAAGGAGAUACACGAAAUGCAGAUGUCACAGACCUCCAAUACACUGUAAUGCUGGGAGACAGGUGUUGAUCUAGUUCUCCAACAUUGUUAUAAGGGAAUGAGGACUUCUGUACUUCGCAAUCCAGAUUCUUGAAAUUUCCUAGCCUUUUGGUACUAUGUCAUUACAGAAUCUCUCAGUAGGGGUAUAGGUCAUCCUCCUCUGCCUCUUGAGAAAUUAGCAGAUAGUCUUUGCUCUAAAUGGUAUCCAAGUAAAUAGACUCGAGGAAUACCUCUGCCACCAUGUCCCAGAAACCAUAGGCAUCAUUCAGGGAGCCUUCAGGCUCCUACUUCUCAGCCUCACUGAGUAUGCUUUCUCUGUAAAACCAUUCACAUCUGGCUAUUGCUUUAUGACUCUUUUUAAAAUUAGGAAGAAGUGCUAUUGUGGAGCAUCGAAAUCCACAGACAGUUUGUGACCCUCAUCUUAACACUUCAUCUUUUUUAUCCUACUAAAUCAUUUUUGACAAGAUGUCCUGGCAGGCUAAAGAUGAACACAUAUACUCCUGCUCAUUUUGCGGUGGAUGUUUUAAUUAGCUGCCCACAAUCAGGACGACCAAAGUCAAGGACUAGAUUAACUACAAGGCAGCUAAUCAGCUACUUAGAGGUCGGUUACAUUGGAAUAAAGUAAAAGGAGUUAGGGAAUGAGGGAGGUGGGGUGUACUUGGCAGUGGGGAUAUGAGCAUUUUUUAAAAAACAUUUUUUAUAGACCCUUGUUAAAAAGAAAGAAAGAAAACGAAUGUUGUGAAUCUCCACCCAAGUGAAAAAGACCUAGAGACAGGUUGAAUGAACGAUACCAUGGAUAAGGCAUUGAAGAACUCUUGAAUGUGUUGGCCAUUUUCUCUAACUAAUGUGUGGUAUAUACGGUCCCCUGUAUUAGAAGGCUUUGCUACAUGUAAUUCAAGAGCAUCUUGCUUUUCUCAGGAACCAAAGGCUUAUUAUAUAGAACAAACCAAUCAUCUUAGAACUGGCAAGCAUAUUUUCAAAGUACCAUAUCAAGAUCAGAAAAUCACCCUUCCGCUAGUGUGUUCGACUUGUUUAUUCCUUCUAGGGAACAAUAGAGGGACAGCAUAAAAAUGUAAAUCAUUUGACAUCACUGACAUAAUUUCUGAAAGAGAAAGAGGUGGAAGUAGAUGGUCAGUGGCAGUAAACUAGAGGUUAGUUGGCACAGGAUGCUAUACAGAAGGAAUCUGCAUUAACUGUUGAAUAAUAACUUGUAGAAAACACAUUACGGAGUUUACGUUAGUAUCCAUCUUGGAGGAUUUUUGUUUUAAACCAUCCUACCCAUUUUUCCCCUUUCCUUCUAAUUGACCUUAGAAUUGUUUCAUCUAUUCUGUGAAUCCACACAGGUCUUUUUCAGAUGUUGGAUACAUUUUUUAAUAUUUUAAAACAGAUGAAAAAUGUAAACGAUUUUCCCUAAAAUCUAUCUAGAUUAUUUUAAGAUGAAAUUAUUGUCAAUCCCCGAAUGUCUGGAAUUUUCUCCCAUGGAUUUUGUUCUGUUGUUUUGUUUUGGGCCUGGGUUUUAUAAAGGCACUUGAACAUCAUAGCAUGUAGAGCAACAGAGGAAGAAGUUAGCAUGAUUUAUCUCGGAUUUCAGCCCAAGGUUUAAUCAAAUCCGUAUUUCAGUGCAUUUGGUUCCCUCUUUACAUUUCUCUCUUACUUAUUUCUGCUAAGAUCCUAAAUGGGAUUUCUAUAGAAGUGUAUGAAAUUCUGUGGCCAUUGCAUGUCAGAAUUGUGCAGUAUUUUACAAUAGAAUUUCAAAGAGAACCCGUUUGUGAGGUUUAUAGACCAAGACGUACAUAUGAGGAGGUAGAAAUUUUUUGCAGAUUAGAUGAAGACUUAGGUCACACUUGAACUUGUGGUUAUUCACUAUAACCUAAACUUCAUUCCUUUGUUCUAUUAUAACAUAUGCCUAUCACAAUACAAAUAACUCUCUUAAAAGAUUUACUCAUCUGUCCAAGCGCUUAAUUUGGAAGUCUUAUAGUCCUAGUGCAAAAUUAAGCAAAAAUUAAAAGUACCCUUGAGUACUUGCUAAGAAACUUAAAAUUUUUACAAAAUAGCCCACUUAAUGCCAGAUCUUUGAGUCUUCAAAGACAUUUAAGUCUAAUAGUCAUGCUUUAAACAGGACUUAAAAUUAUGCCACCAAAAUGGUGCACUUCACAGCUGCACCCGACUGCAGCAUCAUAAAGUUAAUUUACAGUUUUUACAGCAUUGCUUGUGCAAUCUUACAGGUUUACAUUAAAAUCCUUUAAGCCAUAAGGAAGCUUGCUCUAUGGAUUUAAAUGCAAACUUCAUUUACUGGUGCAGGAAGCCUCAUAAAACUCAGAUAUACUCCCACAAAAAUUUCAUUGGCCUUUUUGUUAAGAGAUGAAAAGGAAUUCCCUUUAAAAAGGGGAACUUUUCUUUUUUUAAAAUUAUUUUUAUCUCCAAUUACAAGUGUUGUCCUUCGCCGUGGUGUGUAUAUUUUUCUUUCAGUUGGCUUUGAGAAGGGAUAUUAAGUCAAAUCACUAAAACAGGGUUCUCUUUGGAUUAAAAGUUUCGGAUUUCAAUGCUUGACAAAAAGUCUCAACUUCAGGAUUGAUAAGCAAAGGUAGAAUAUUCAAAUGGUAUAAUUGGUUUUAGAUAGAAUUCUCCACUUGCCAAACUUCUGGCAAAUUUACCUGUGAAUUUCAGAAUGUUACAAAAUCUUUUGAUACGCUUUUGUUUUCCAUUUUAGCCAUUUCCUCUUUGAUUUCUUAGUCCUUCUGCCCUCUGUAAAUGUGUUUAAUGAUAUAGCUGUCAGAUGUGUGGAAGGCAAAGUUCUCGCUGAGGUUCUUCGUUCCAGCUCUGGAAAGGGCACAGGAGUCCCCAAGGAGCUGAGAAACGUUCCUCUCCUGCUCAUUGUCAUUGUUUCCUCAUGAAACAUUGCAGAGUUUGAAUCCUUAGUAACUCCCCAUUGACUGGACUAGAGGCGACAGCCACAGCGAAUGGGGGAGCAAAAACGUCGGCCUACAGAGAGUGACAAAAUUCUAUUAGCCCUUUGGUGUUAGUUGCCAUAGUGCUGUAUUUGAAAAUCGAUGCUUUAGCCAAAAGCCAAAUGGCCACCGUUUCCGUAGUUUCCACUGUUUCGUCUGCAUAGAAUUUUCCUGAACUACGAGCAAAAAUGUAUUUUGUCAAAUGUCACAAAAGUGAAAGAUGUUACUAAUCUUA